CAUCAUCCUCUCUAUUGCUCCGCGUCAGACCAACACCGCAACCACUUUACAACCAAACACGAAUCGCCGCCAUGUCUUCCGCCACCACAUUCUACGACUUCAAGCCCGUCGACAAGAAGGGUGAGGCUGUUCCGCUCGCCGACUACAAGGGCAAGGUCGUGCUCGUCGUCAACACCGCUUCCAAGUGCGGCUUCACACCUCAAUUCGAGGGUCUUGAGAAGUUGUACAAAGACCUCAAGCCCUCCCACCCCGACUUUGAGAUCAUCGGCUUCCCAUGCAACCAAUUCGGUGGCCAAGACCCAGGCAGCAACGACGACAUCCAGAGCUUCUGCCAGCUCAACUACGGCGUGUCAUUCCCCAUUCUGGGAAAGACUGAAGUCAACGGCGACAAGGCCGAGCCCGUGUGGGAGUGGAUGAAGAAGAGCAAGCCGGGUCUCAUGGGUCUGCAGCGCGUCAAGUGGAACUUUGAGAAGUUCUUGAUCGGAAGAGAUGGACUGGUCAAGGGACGCUGGGCCAGCACCACGUCGCCGGACAAGUUGAGGAGCGCAGUUGAGGAGGAGUUGAAGAAGCCUGCUGCCUGACUCGGCAAGCUUUGAAGACUGUCUGUGUGUCUAUGGGGAUAAGAUAAUGCCGUUAGUCUGGUGAUGGAAGGACCGCAAUGAUACCCUCU